CGGUUUAUAUGCCGGGGAAAGAUGCGCGCGCGUCAGUACGCCGAACGAUGCCGGCCUGCGCGCCUGAGUACCGCCUGUUGCGCUCCGCCACUGAGCUGGCGCUCGCGCCGCGCGCUAAACGCUGCUCCCACCAGCCGCCCUUCACCGCGCUGCGUCGAUCCUUCUCCUCUACCUUCUCGCUCAUCCCCGAAGAGCGAGCAGUGCCGCCCGAGUACACGCCGCCGCUGCAGCGACUUCUGCAGAUCGCUACCUGGCUCCCCCGCCAGUGCCUGCGACCCGCCUUCGCGCUCUUCAGCCUCAUCGCACACCCCGCAUGGAAACAAAUACUGGUAGUCCUGCCCACGCUAUGGAUCGCUGCGACACUAUUCAUUUUCUGGAAGUGUGUACAGUGUCCAAUCGGAUUUCUGAAGAUGAUCGGAAGCGCAAUCUCCAGGAGCACUGACAAACGACGCACGGUCCUCAUCAGCGGAGGCAGCUCCGUUCAAGCGUUGCACUUAGCUCGAAACUUUCACUCUGCCGGUGCCAGAGUGAUCGCUUUCGAGAUUGAGGGGCAAUUCGCCUUGUUGAAAUAUUCUGCUGCUGUGAACAAGUUCUAUACAGUUCCUCGACCGAAUCCAGCGGAUCCAUUAGCCUACGCCCGGGCUUUAAAAGAAAUUGCAGAAAGGGAGUCUGCGGUGUUCUACAUUCCAGUAAGCUCGACGACGCCAGCGUAUUAUGACGCAUUAGCAAAACCUCAUUUAGAAGUGCUCGGAUGCCAAUGUUUUGUGCCAUGUGCUCGUGAUGUCGUCACGUUAGAUGACCCGUUGGAGUUGAUGCGCGUGUGCCGAGUCGCCGGAUUACCUACACCCCAGUUCUGGGUGGUGACCAGUGAGGAGGACGUUCGAGCUUGGUACGAAAGCGGGGCAUCUAAGGAAGGGUACCGUCACUUUAUUGCCAGCGCGGGGGCGCGUGGUGCCAGGGAUCGUCUACGGUUUGUUAUGCCUGAAGACAGAACACACUUCAGAUUUCCGAGAGAGAUAAGCGCAGAGAAACCGUGGGUGAUCGUGAGGGAGCCUAAGGGAGAAAAGAUGGUAACUUGUACGACAUUGAAAGAAUCGCGUGCAGUGAAUAAUGUGACCUGUCGUGUUGAUCCUACGAGGAAAGGCUUGGUGCCGCAAAGAGACGAGGAAGCGGAUAUUUGGGUGCAAAGAUUUAUUUCCUGCCUCACACCGUCGCGGCCUAUGACGGGGCAUAUAUCGUUCAGAUUAGUGCGCGAGGAAAGCACGACGAACGGGCAUGUUAGCCGAAUGAUAGCGAUAGGAGCGCGUGUUGGUGUGUCGUUACCGUAUUUGUGCCAAGGGUCGAAACGAUGCGGCCAUACUGCGACCGUUGGGAAGUUACUGAACACGGUGCUCGAUACACGUGAAGCGCUAUUUGCUUACUGGGAUCCUCUGCCCUACUGUGCCUAUUACCAGUCUCGAUUGCCUGAGGACAGGAGGCCGCCCCCGCCGGAGCCUUGUAAGACUCCUCCAAACGUGCCCCUCUGAGCCUCUGCGGCUGAUAUGCAGAAGGCAUAUAGUGGCUAAGAUGAUUAUUUAUUUAGACGCUCGAGUACCUGAAGAGUGCGUGGAAGUUUUCUGAUGCUGUCCUCGGAGUCACGCUCUCUACCCGUUCUCUCUCUCGGACGAAUAUAGUGAAGGUCGUGGGGUCGGAGGACGAUAUAAGUUGUAUCUACUAAGUAGGCAUUACAUGAGUACAUCCAGAUGAAUGAUAUUAUAUUAAAGACUCUUUAUUAAUUUUAUGGAUUAAUAUUAAGUGGUCUAGGAUUUUAUUUUUAAGAAAGAAAAUAUUAUGGUAAUAAAUAAUUUAUUCCAGU